AUGCAUAAAAAUAGAUGUAGGGUCGGUAAUAAGGUUUUUGGAAGUGAACUUCCAAAAUUGUAUGAUGAGAAUUGUUUCGAUUUGUUAAUAUGUAAAGAGCAUACAGAGGAUGUUUUUGAUGCAUAUAAAGCAUCAAAUAAACCAAAAAAAUAUAAGAAAUAUAAAUGUUCUCUGAAAUGUUCAAAUUCUUAUUUAACGUACAUAACGAAACAUGAAGAUGGCACUUACCAGGAUUACCAUGAUGCAUUAGAAGAUUUUAGAAAUACAUAUAAUGUACAUAUGAAGAAUGGAACUGAAUAUAAAAAUGUAGACAUAUACAUACCAUACACAAAAGGAGAUAGAAUUAUUGUUCUUGUAACAAUUACGUCUAUUAUUAUAUCAUUCAUUUGUUUCCUUUAA